CCUGCUUCGUCCCACCACCAACUUAUUCCUCCUAGUAUUGAUCUGUCAGAUGAUACAGAAAAAUUAGGGUCAAAAGAGAGUUCGCUGGCGUAUAUACACAGAGUGUUUGUGUGUGUGUUUUUGUGUAUGGGUGUGGAGCAGAAGUUUCGUACAAUAACAGGAAAAAGUGAAUUACCACGUAUUAUUAACCGCUAUUAGCUGAGACGUCUUCGAACACAACAACAACCACCAUGACAACACCAGCAAAGCUGUACGGGAAGGAUCUCAGUGAAUACGAUGAGAUCGAUGUGGAGGAACUGCUGGCCAAGUUGUCCCCGGAGGAGAUCAACAUUUUGGCAAAAGAAGUCGAUCCAGAUGAUAGCUUCUUGCCCCCAUCGCAGAGAUGCAGUUACGAUUGCGAGAAGGAGGCCACAGGGCCUCUGAACAGGAAACAAUUGAUCGAGCACAUAAACAAGCAGGCAAUGGAAACGCCCGACCAGCCAGAGUUGAAACCCUUUGUUGCUGGCACAGUCAGAGGGAAAAAAUGGAUACCUCCUCCGCCACCUCUGAAAGAAGUAGAAGCAGGAGAACAGAUUGCCAUCGAUUUGGGCGAUGAAUAUGAGACUGCUCUUAGUGAAGCAACACAAGACGAAAUUAUUGAUUUGGCAGCCAUCCUGGGAUUCCAUUCUAUGAUGAACCAAGACCAGUAUCACGCUUCAUUGUUGAACAAGGGUCAGCCUGUUGGUUUGGGCUGGGACGGUAUCACCAAAGCCUCCAAACAGAAGAUCUUCCCGAUGGAUCCGCCCAACAACACAGACCCAGAUCAGACGAUCAAGCAGGUGCAAGAUGACGAUCCCAAACUGAUCGACCUCAACUGGAACAACAUCAAGAACAUUUCGGAUGAGAAAUUCGAUAGCUUGUUCGACGCCCUCGUCCAGAACACACACCUCGAGACGUUAUCGUUGACGAACGUCGGUUUGACGGACAGACACACAAACAAGCUUGCAGAUGCAUUAGAGAAGAACAACACGCUCAGAGUGAUAAACGUCGAGACGAAUUUCAUCUCGCCCACGGGCAUCGUUCGUCUCGUCAAGUCUAUUUUGAAGACGAAAUCGGUGGAGGAGUUCAGAGGAACGAAUCAGAGGUCGCAAGUGUUGGGUAACAAGAUCGAGAUGGAGAUCACAGCUUUAGUGGAGAAGAAUCCGACCCUCCUCAGGUUGGGCCUGCAUUUAGAAUACAACGAUGCUCGUCAUCGCAUUGCCACACACCUACAACGCAACAUUGACACAAAUGGUCGUGCAAUGAAAGCAAAUUACAAGAUAACUCUCGGUAACACCGGCGCCGCCAUUAAGAUCGAGCAAACCUUGUGAUUGCGUGAGUAGACUCGGUCCCA